GGUACUGUACUUGUAUUGUAGUAUUGCUCUCCUUGUGCUGUUCUGUUGUGCGGCACUGUUGUUCUGCUAACCGACGCGAGCAUUUCUUACUGAUAAUACCUACCAAUAAUGAUAUAAAACACAUUCUCUCCCGUUCGUGCAUAGUUCAGGGGUUCACCGGGUUCUUAGAUCUUCCUUAUCAACACCUCAACGCCUUAACGCCUCGUAGUCUCUCCAGUUCGUACGUAGUUCAGUUCAGGGGUUCACCGGUUUCUUGGAUCUUCCUUCCUUGCCAGCGCCUCAACGCCUUCACCCAACGCCCUCACGCCUCACAGUCUCUCCUAUCUCGAACUGCAGUGCUGCCCAGGUGCAGGUGUUGGAUGAAGCGUGAGACUUGAUGGGUCCAGAAGAAUCCCCCGUGUCCCCCAAAGCCACCCAAAACGUACCCCUUGGACUUGGACUUGGACUUCCCAAACCGCUAGAAUGUUAGAAAACGAGCAUCUAUUAAUAAAUGAUACGACCAAUAUCAUUCCAUUGAGCCAAUCAUCAUUCCCGCUGACUACAAAAGCAUUAGCCACAAGGAAAGAGCGGAUCCCUUUUCCUUGAGGUUUCCUCUUUCGGUGCACUGAACAAAUAUUACCGUGUUCCAUACCCUACCGUACUACCUCCAUACAUCCCAUCGUACGAAUUCGACUAUUGCUAGAGGAGUACGACUAUUUGAAACCUUUUUUCUUCUUCCUCAUAUUCACCUUUUUAUUUUUCAUGCCAGAUCUGCUUCUUUGAUAUUUCAAUUCAAGACACGUCGUGGGAACUCUUUCUCAUACCGUUCCCCCAUUGACGCCUCACGAAUCCUCACAACCAACAAUUUCUAUUCCCUGAUCGUACCUUUCCUGCGUCCCAAUUGCAUCUUCAUUACAUCUGCCAACGUCGAUCAAGAGAUCUAAUUCAAGAUGAGAUUCCGGAGAAAGCAAUCCCCGUUGCUUUUACUCUUACUGCCAUCAUUGGCUCUGGCCCUAUCACCUGCGGCACAAGAUAACAUAGCUGCCGUUUCGAAAGACACCGAUGCGCAAACAGGGAAAUUGGACAAAAUUGAUCCCUCAGCAGCUGUUGCAACUACUGCCGAUAAACCAUCAUAUGGACUUGGUACGAAAGAUGCGCCCGUCGAUGGUAAAGACGGAAAGCCGCAUGCUGGGCCAUUUGUAGAUACCACUAAAAAGGACCCCAAGAAGGACUCUACAACAAGUGAAAAGGCGGAUACCAAGGAUUCCAAAGAUUCUAAAACUUCCAAUUCGAAGCUUAGUGAUGGAGAAUUGGUCCCACCUACAGCCAAAACAAGCAAAGAGAAGCCAAUGCUUGAUGACAAAGGCAAAGAAAUCCCCCAAAGUAACGAUGGAGUUAUGAACGAUCCAGGCAGAGAAGCACCUAAACAUGGCACAACUGGUACUGAGGGAGGUGUGAGUGCGAAAGAUAAGACACGAAAGGGUCAAGAAAGUCAGACGGGAGAGAAGGCUGAAAAGAAACCUGCAUCACCUAAAGAAGCACCACCGAUACCUCACGAUACCGAACAAAAAAUCCAAGGCGAUACCAAAGAUGCACAGAAGAAAGAUUCGACGAUUAAAAAGGGUUCCGCUGAUGACAAGGAGGCUGGUAGUACUGAUAACUUCGGAUUGGAUAAACCUACAGAUCUUCCAGACAAGACACACAAUGAUCCUCAUCCAAUUCCUAAUUCUGCCAACAAGGACCAUUUGGAUGUUACGAAAGCAGAUUCAAAGGGUAUUCCAAAGCUUGAAUUAGAAGGAGAGGGCAAUGAUGGUCUUAUUCAACCUUUACAUUCAUAUCUUCUUUCACUUACCAUGAUUUUAUUCUCUGAAAUCGGAGACAAAACAUUUUUAAUCGCAGCAUUGAUGGCGAUGAAGCACGAUAGACUUCUCGUAUUUUCCGCCGCCUUUUCCGCAUUGAUUGCUAUGACAAUCCUGUCCGCAGUGUUAGGUCAUGCAGUACCUACCUUGAUUCCAAAACGAUUUACCAAUUUCCUAGCCGCAGGAUUAUUCUUGAUUUUUGGAGGACGUUUAUUGAAAGAAGGUUUAGCCAUGAGUCCAGAUGAGGGUGUAACUGAGGAAAUGAAAGAGGUAGAAAUGGAGCUUGAAGAAAAAGAGCACCUUGCAAAACAACAAGGAAGAAGACGUUCAUCGGUUUCUCCAUAUGCUUUGGAAAUGGGUCUUGGAGGAGGGCAAAGAGCAAGCACAAGAAAAUCUAGAUCAGGAUCACGUCUUCCUUCUCCUCCAAGAAGUCCUUCAACUUCUUCAGAUCGAUCCCCUUCUCCUAAAAGAUCAACAUUGAAAAGUGCAGCAGGAGGCUUGAAUAAUCUUCUUUCGUUACUCCUUAGUCCAGCGUGGGUUCAAACUUUUGUUAUGACUUUCCUUGGGGAAUGGGGUGAUAGAAGUCAAAUUGCUACCAUUGCUAUGGCAGCUGGUCAAGAUUAUUGGUGGGUUACUGGAGGAGCCGUUAGUGGUCAUGCGGUUUGCACUGGUGUGGCUGUUAUUGGUGGAAGAGCUAUUGCUGGCAAGGUUAGCUUGAGAGUUGUAACAUUAGGAGGUGCAAUUGCCUUUUUAAUCUUCGGAGUCAUCUAUCUUGUCGAGGCUUUGUAUUAUGCUUAAGAUUAAAAGCUGGAAUACCUUUUUCUUUGAGUACUGGAGGACAUCAAUAUCCUAUGUAACAAGAUUCGAUUCAUUCAAUUCAAUUUCGCAUCCUUCAAUUCUUAUCUCGGUCUUUCACUUCGGAACCUAAACUAUCAAUUAAUACAUUCCUUUUGCAUGCCUCUUUACGCGAUGAGGAUGAAGCGAUUUUGCCUUUUCUUUUUUCGGACGUUGGUUGGGUUUUGGUCUAGGAAGCGAAUGCACAAAAAGGGAGGAGAAGAAUGGGAGAAAGUUACAUUACAAUACUACUUUACUUUGUUACUAAUACAUGAGGGAUUGAUGGAUGGAUGGGCAGGUGGAUGAAAUAUCUGGGGAUGAAUAGGUAAAAGGAUGACCUGGUUAGUGAUGGAGGGUAUGGAAAAGAGAUAUGCAUUAUUAUUGUAUUCUAAUUCUAUCAGCGACGUAAUGAAUCAGAUGGUAUGGUCUUGGUUCUGGAUGGAUGGAUAAGUCUAGAUGACUGAUAUGUUUAUAGAGGAGAGAGGAGAGGAGAGCGCGGAAAUGAAAGUUUCAAUCAAGAGAAUUUUUAUGUAUACAUGAACUGAAUUGAAUUGAACAGAACUGAAUUGUGUAUGUAUAUAUGUAUGUAUAUAUAUAAUAAGAGUAAUCGGUUAUUCAAAGUAAGGAUGAAAGCAAAGCAAAGAGAGACUAGAAAGUAAUUGAUUUCUAUAUACCUGCA